CGCCGGCAAGGGGGCAACGAGGAAGCUCGUUAGAGCGUAGCCGGAAAGAAAAAGUUGAGAUUACAGACAUCCUGCCACAAUGAUUUCUUCAAAGCCCAGACUUGUCGUACCCUAUGGCCUCAAGACUCUGCUCGAGGGAGUUAGCAGAGCCAUUCUUAGAACCAAUCCGCCAAACAUCACCCAGUUUGCAGCCGUGUAUUUUAAAGAACUUAUUGUGUUUCGAGAAGGGAAUACAGCUCUGGAUAUAAAAGAUCUGGUUAAAAGAUUUCAUCAGAUUAAAGUGGAGAAGUGGUCAGAAGGAGCGACACAAGAGAAGAAACCAGGAUGCCUAAAAGAGCGAGAAGGAACAUCUGUAGUUUCCCAAGAACCUACACGGAUGGAAAAAUCGACAGACACAGAGGAGGACAAUAUAACUAGACCGCAGUACAGCAACAAAACCACCCAGUUUCCAUCAGUUCAUGCUGAGCUCACAGAGCCUGAGGAGAUGCCUGAAGCAGCGCGUGGUCCUUCCAAACCCACCACCCCUAAGGUCACCACCCCACCCUCAUCACCAUCUCCAGCAGCCGUCCCAGCAGAGUUUGCCUAUGUGCCAGCUGACCCAGCUCAGUUUGCUGCUCAGAUGUUAGCAAUAGCAGCAAGCGAAGCAGGACAACCACCACCAUAUUCUAACAUGUGGACCCUUUAUUGUCUAACUGAUAUGAAUCAACAAAGCCGCCCAUCACCGCCACCUGCACCUGGGCCUUUCCCCCAAGCAACCCUCUAUUUAUCUAAUCCUAAGGAUCCACAGUUUCUGCAGCAUCCACCGAAAGUUACUUCUCCAACUUAUGUGAUGAUGGACGACAGCAAGACGACCAGUGCCCCACCUUUUAUUUUAGUAGGUUCCAAUGUUCAGGAGGCUCAGGAUUGGAAACCUCUUCCUGGACAUGCUGUUGUUUCACAGUCAGAUGCCAUGAAGAGAUACGCUGCAGUACAAGUACCCAUUGCUGUUCCUGCAGAUCAAAAAUUCCAGAAGCACACCCCAAAUCCCCAGAACGCUAGUCCUCCUACGAGUGGAAAAGACGUCCCCAGGCCACAAAGCCCAGUUUUUCUUUCUGUUGCUUUCCCAGUAGAAGAUGUAGCUAAAAAAGGUUCAGGAUCUGGUGACAAACGUACUCCCUUUGGAAGUUAUGGUAUUGCUGGAGAAAUUACUGUGACUACUGCCCAUGUUCGCAGAAAAGAAACUUAAAACUGCUCUCUACUUAUGGCCUGGGAAAGCAGCAGAGGAUGGCCUAAGUGCUUGGGCCCCUUCAUCUAUGUGGGAGACCUGAAAGAAGCUCCUGGCUCCUGACUGGCCCAGUUCUGGCCAUUUGAAAAGUUGAACCAGUGGGAUGAAAGACCUGUCUCUGUAAAAGAAAAUAUUAAAAACAAAUUUAACAUGUUCUAAAUAUGAUUUAGCUUUCAGAGUAACACUUCUGCAAACAGGUUUCUAUACCUUUGCCAGUCUUUCCAAAUAAACUGCUUCUGGAAACUAUAAGAGUAAGGUGGUGCCGGCAUCC